AUGGGUAAACUCAAGAAGAAAUACGAGGAAGGAGCUUCCAAGGACUACAUUACUCGAUCAAGAGCUAUUAAAAAACUCCAAAUCUCUAUUGCAGAUUUCCGCAGACUCUGUAUUUUCAAAGGUAUCUACCCAAGAGACCCUCCUAACCGCAAAAAGGCAAACAAGGGCAAAACAACUCCCAAUAUCUUCUAUUACACAAAAGACAUUCAGUACCUGCUCCAUGAGCCUAUCAUAAACAAGUUCCGUGCAGAUAAGAUCUUUGCCCGCAAACUCUCCCGUGCUCUUGUCCGCGGAGAAGUUGAUGAUGCUAAACGUCUCGAUUCUCACAGACCCAGAUACCGCCUAGACACUAUUGUCAAGGAACGCUAUCCUGCCUUUGUUGAUGCUCUACGUGACAUUGAUGACCCCCUCUCCAUGCUUUUCCUUUUUGCCAUCAUGCCUGCUUCUGAUGAUGUUUCUUUCCGUGUCACUCAAACCGCAAACAGACUGUGUCACGAGUGGAUGGCCUACGUUGCCCGUGAGCGUUUGCUCCGUAAGGUCUUUGUCUCCAUCAAGGGUGUUUAUUACCAGGCUGUGGUCAAAGGUCAGGAAAUCCUUUGGCUUGUCCCCUUUGAUUUCCCUCAAAAUGUCCCCUCAGACAUUGAUUUCAAAGUAAUGCUUUCUUUCCUGGAGUUCUACACUACACUUGUCCAGUUUGUUCUCUAUAGACUUUACUCCGAGGCUGGUCUUGUCUAUCCUCCUAAGGUUGACGAGCAAAAGAUUAAGGGUGUUGGUGGUCUUUCUGCAUUUAUCCUGCAGUCUCGUGAAGAAGAUGGUGCCAAGUCUAUCCGAUCUCUUUCUGCAGUAACUCAAGAAGAUGCUGAAAAUAAGGAAGAAGAGGAUGUGGAGGAAGAAAAAGAAGAAGAGGAAGAAGAAGAAGAAGAAGAAAAGGAAGAAGAAAAAACUACCACUCUUUCUAAAGAACAAAUUGCUCAAAUUGCAAAGGAAGAUGCUGAAAAAGAUGAUGAUGUUUUGGCUGAUGCCAAACUCACUGCUGAUUCAGAUGAUGAGGAAGACCAAGAUGACGUUAACACAGUCAAACUUGAUACUUUCACUACUUCUGGGUCUGCUGAAUCUCAAGGUGAUGUUCUACAUCAACCUUCUGCAGAAUCUGCUGCUGCUGCAACUGCCUCGGCAAACCUUUUCUCCGGACUAGUCUUUUUUGUGGGCCGUGAGGUGCCUGCCAAGAUCACUGAGUUUGUUAUUGUGUCGUGUGGUGGCCAGGUAAUUUUGGAAAGUUCGCUUGACGAGGCUCUUGCCAAUGAACGUGAAGGUGGUUCCUCAACUAAUAACAUUCCUAAACCUGAUUUGUCUAAGGUUACACACCAAAUUUGUGAUAGACCAAGUGUCCCAUCGCGUGUUCCAGGCCGUGUUUAUGUCCAACCCCAAUGGGUCUUUGAUUCAGUUAACAAGGGUACUCGUCUUCCACCUGCAGACUAUGCACCUGGUGAGAAACUGCCACCUCAUUUGUCACCAUGGGGAGACCGUCAAGGAUACGAUCCUGAGGCUGAAUUGUCAGAGAAUGAAGACGAAGAGUCUGAGGAUGAGGAGGAAGAAAAAGAAGAAGAUGAAGAGGAAGAUGAGGAUGAAGAAGAAGAGGAAGAGGAAGAGGAAGAGGAAGAGGAGAAAGAAGAACAAACCAGUUUAAAGAAGGAGGCCAAGGGAGUUUCAUAUUCUGAAGAUAAGAAGAAGAGUAACGGCAAAGCUGCCAAUAAGGCUGCUAAAGCAGUUGCUAUCAAGAAGCGCACAAAGGCUGAACAAGAAAAGGAGGAAGAGACUAAGCUUAAGAUUGGCAUGAUGUCAAAUCGUCAAAAGAAAAAGUAUGAUGAGUUACAGGGAGAUGUUGACAAGAAGACAGCUAAAGCUGAGCAGUUAAAGAAGAAGAAGAGAAAGAUUGAGGCCCAACUUAAAAAGAAUGGCAAGAAAUAA